UUUCGACACCAGUCACCUGACAAUUACUCAACAACAAACUUUUACAAUAAUUAUGACUCUAAUCAUCAGCAAAUGGGUUGUCUGCAUGUGCCUCAUCGGGGCAUCACUUCCCAUCUCGUCCUCGUGCGCGGGAAAAACUGUUUUGCGAACUGGAGGUUUAUCCUGUCAGGAUAAGCAAACAAUACUUGACGAGCACAAUCGUUUGCGCCAACUCGUUGCACUCGGUCAGGUACAUGGACAGCCCAGUGCUGCGAAUAUGAUGGAAAUGAUCUGGGAUGAUGAACUUGCAUCCAUGGCACAGCGAUGGGCUGACACUUGCGCUGAUAAUCAUGAUGCCGCCCGGAAUGUUCGGAGAUUCGCGGUCGGACAGAACAUUGCCCGCACGUGGACAACGAGGCCCCCGGGGCCCUACGAUGCCGAGCCCAAUUGGAGGCGGCAAAUAUCCGGAUGGUUUAACGAGGUGCAACACUAUCAAGCUGGCUACAGCAGAGCUACGGGCCAUUACACCCAGGUGGUAUGGGGAGACACGUUUGCAGUGGGCUGUGGCUAUUCCUUCUAUUACGAUCCAGCACGGGGAUAUACCAAGAAUUACGUCUGCAACUAUGGACCUAGUGGGAAUUUGCUGGGCUAUCAGCCUUAUCAAUUUGGACAACCGUCGUGCAACAGCUACGGAAUGACCUACUCUAAUCGCUACACUGGCCUGUGCUCUCGUGGAGGGUUUUAUCAUCUUGGUGCACUCUGCUCGUACGUUUACUGAGCUCAACCCCCAUUGUGACAGCACUCAGUCAACUCAAUCCUUCAUCCUGGAGUGAGAGAAGUACAGAAGUUGAAAUACGAAGAAGAAAAAUAUAAAAUAUAAAUGAAGGAACGAGCGCAUCAUUUAUAUAGUCAUCGCUUCGCUGGAAACUAGUCUAGGACUACGUAAAUUGCUCCCACGAGUUUUUUCCCUCGAGUUGAGAGUUUUUCAGGGUUGGAGUUUCUUUUGGAGAUACUGAAAGGCCUCGUUGUCACUGGGGAACUACUGUCUCUCGUGUCAUGCCUGGAGGCAGUCUCGCUUCACGGCCACCACAAGAGAAUUUAUUCUAGUUUAAAUUGUGAAAAUGACUCUGGUGUGAAUACCUGUGGGCCAGGGCCAUUCUUCGGUGAUAGAUUCGAAAUGGGAUGCUUCUCUAGUCUAUUACGUAGGAAAUCACUGGUUUAGUCAAUUUUAGAUGUGAUGUACAAAUAUCGUUGUUGAUGUAUUAUGAAUAUAAAUUAAUGAUAAAUAAUAAAUAUAAGGGUGUUGGAUUGUAUUUCUAUAACAAAAUCUAUUGAGAAAGGGCAAAAAUACAUGCCACAAGUAUUGAACUAUGAAAUGAGAUUUAUUAUAUACUGUGGGAUCACUCUUCCUGGAGAGAUCGUCUGGGUGAUCAUACGCUCCCACUCUCAUUGAAUGUUUA